CAUCAUGCAUCUCCUCGAAGUUUUCACCUUGCUCUUCUUCCUACUCAUCCCAGCAAUUUCUGCCACAACGGACACCAUCUUGGCUGGCCAAGCACUUGCCUUCAACGACAAGCUCAUCUCCAAGAAUGGCAGGUCAGUUGAAGGUAUUCAUUUGGUCCGAGGGCUUACAGGAUUGGACGAUGAUCGGUGUCAACCCAAAAGAAAUAUGUGAUGUCUAUGCAAUUUGUGGACCUUCCACAAUAUGCAAUGCUUAUGGCAUUACACACUGCAAUUGCAUGGAGGGCUUCUCUGCAACAUCCUCCGAGGACUGGGAGUUAGAUGAUCGAACCAGUGGGUGCUCACGAAAUACCCAGUUAGACUGCAUCAGAACCAAAAGCACAACACGUACAACAGAUAAGUUCUACCCCGUGCCAUGUGUCAGCUUGCCGCAAAAUCCCACAGAAGUAAAACCUGGUACAAACACGAGUCAGUGCUCACAAAUUUGCCUGAAUAAUUGCUCUUGUACUGCAUAUUCCUUCAGCGACAACGAAUGCUCUAUGUGGCACAAUGAAUUACUCAAUGUAAGACAACUACAAUGUAGUGGCAGUACCAAUUCAAAUGGAGAAACUCUUUACCUUCGCCUUUCUGCUAAAGAUGUUCAAAGUUUCAAAAGUAACAGAAGAAGGAUUUUUAUUGCACUUCUAGCUGGUAUAAUCAUUUGUGCUCUAGGCUUAUUUGCACUCAUUCUCGUGCUAAUGAUUUGGAGAAACAAAAGGAAGAACUCUCGUUGUCUAUCUGACGGUGCUCAAGGUUGUAAUGGAGGAAUCAUUGCAUUCAGAUACAACGAUUUACGAAGUGCAACAAAAAAUUUCACGGAUAAGUUGGGGGGAGGCAGUUUUGGUUCUGUAUUCAAGGGUCUUGUAAAUGACUCAAUUUCUAUAGCAGUGAAGAGGCUUGAUGGUGCUUAUCAAGGGGAGAAGCAAUUCAGAGCUGAAGUGAGCUCAAUUGGAGUUGUCCAACACAUAAAUUUAGUUAAGCUUGUUGGUUUCUGCUGUGAGGGUUCUAGGAGGUUGCUUGUUUAUGAACACAUGCCAAAUCGCUCUCUUGACGUCCAUCUAUUUCAGAACAGCUAUACUACGUUGAAUUGGAAAUCUAGGUAUCAGAUAGCCCUGGGGGUUGCCAGAGGGCUAGCCUACUUGCAUGAGAGCUGUCGAGACUGCAUCAUACAUUGCGAUAUCAAGCCAGAAAACAUACUUCUUGACGCUUCAUUCCUUCCAAAAGUUGCAGACUUUGGAAUGGCAAAGCUUUUAGGAAGGAAUUUUAGUGGAGUCUUGACAACAGUGAGAGGCACUGCAGGGUACCUUGCGCCUGAAUGGAUUACUGGUGUUGCUAUUACACCAAAAGUUGAUGUUUAUAGCUAUGGGAUGGUGUUGCUAGAAAUAAUAUCAGGAAGGAGGAACUCAAACGCAGCAUGUUCUAGUGGUGGCGACCUUGAUAUUUAUUUCCCAGUGCAUGCUGCAUGCAAACUUCUUGAAGGAGAUGUCGAGAGUUUGGUAGAUCACAGGUUACAUGGUGAAGUCAAUUUUCAUGAGGCUGAAUUGGCUUGCAAGGUCGCGUGUUGGUGCAUCCAAGAUGAUGAGUUUGGUCGACCAACAAUGAGGGAGGUGGUUCAGAUUCUUGAGAGGCUAGUUGAGAUAAGGAUGCCCCUGAUACCAAGAAUGCUUCAAGUUAUGACUGAAAGUCCGCAAUCAACAUGCUCAUAAUAUUUUUGUUCAAGGGAAACUAGAUGGAGUGCUGGACUGUGCGUUCUAAAUGUUAUAAUGCAUAUGUCUAUAUUUUAAACUAUAGUUGUAUACUUAUAUUUAUUAUUCAAAUAUAGGGCCCAUGGUUUGAGAUAGUGAUAUUUCUUAUGAUGUUGUAAAGUUUGUAAUGUAUAUCGUUGGAUAGUUAUAAUAUGGACUCAUAACAAGCCAGGCGUCAUAAAUAUUCCUCUUCUUUCUCUGCCUA